AUGCGCGGCUGGGGCGGCGGAAGAGGCAAGGGCCCGCGAGGAGGAGCCGCCGCCGCCGCCGCCAUCCUCCUCCUCCUCCUCCUCCUCAGUCCCAUCACUUUCCUCCUCCUCCUCAGCGUCCGGCCCGGGAGAGGAGAGAGAGGGAGAGAGGCCUGCUCCGCGCAGACCCCCAUCAUGAACAAGUUGAAGUCAUCACAGAAAGAUAAAGUUCGACAGUUUAUGAUCUUCACACAGUCCAGUGAAAAGACCGCAGUGAACUGUCUGUCUCAGAAUGACUGGAAGUUAGAUGUUGCAACAGAUAACUUUUUUCAAAAUCCUGAACUGUAUGUACGAGAAAAUGUAAAAGGAUCAUUGGACAGAAAGAAGUUAGAACAGCUAUAUAAUAGAUACAAAGAUCCUCAAGAUGAGAAUAAAAUUGGCAUAGAUGGCAUACAGCAGUUUUGUGAUGACCUUGCGCUUGACCCUGCCAGUAUUAGUGUAUUGAUUAUUGCCUGGAAAUUCAGAGCUGCAACACAGUGUGAAUUCUUAAAGAUGGAAUUCAUGGAUGGGAUGACAGAAUUAGGAUGUGACAGCAUAGAAAAGCUAAAGGCCCAGCUUCCUAAAAUGGAACAAGAAUUGAAAGAGCCAGGAAGAUUUAAGGAUUUUUAUCAAUUUACUUUCAACUUUGCAAAGAAUCCAGGACAGAAAGGUUUAGACUUAGAAAUGGCCAUCGCUUACUGGAAUUUAGUACUUCAUGGAAGAUUUAAAUUCCUAGACUUGUGGAACAAAUUUUUAUUGGAACAUCAUAAAAGAUCUAUACCGAAAGACACUUGGAACCUCCUUCUAGACUUCAGUGCGAUGAUAGCAGACGAUAUGUCAAAUUAUGAUGAAGAAGGAGCAUGGCCAGUUCUUAUUGAUGACUUUGUGGAAUUUGCACGCCCUCAGAUUGCUGGAAUGAAAAGUACGACAGUGUAGUGCUAAAUGAACCUUCUAGAGUGUACAUAGCCUGUACAAAUAAACACAAUGGGGGGAAAUUGCACAGUCAAUUUCUUCCAACUGACUGAACAGGACUGAAGACCAAUCCUCAAGAAACAAAGGCUGAGGGUUGAGGCAAACCUUUAAAGGAUCUACCUUGGACCAUAUCAGACUACAGGUGGUUUGGGCUUCUCUCCUAGCCUAAGCCAUUCUUGCCUAUUUAAAAACUCCAGCAUUGUGGAUAGCAUCUUUUUGGGUUUUUUUUUUUUGUUGGAUUGUUUUUUUAAAUCGAGCAUCCCAAUCCUUUCCAUAAAUCUUAAAAUGUUGUUGGAUGGUUCUUCUGAAAUUUCUGAUUCCACCUAAAGCACAUGCUCUCUUCACCAAGCAAAAUCUGGCAUGAGUAUUUCACAGAUCAGCAUCACAACCCGAUUGCUUUGAGUCUUGUUUUUUUUAAAAAGGGUUCAUAUAAGAUAUUAUUGGACUAGCUGGAAUGACCACAACUGAGGCUAUCCUAAAACAGUGAUAUGUUUUCCUAUGGUCUAUUAACAGUUGUUGUUAGCAUGAAUGGCAAGGGUGCCUCCCUGCCCGCAUUUAAAAGUAGGUCUUUAAAAAAAGGCUUGUUGUUUUCUCCCUCUUCAUCAGGCUGUCCAGUUGUACAGGUGCUUGAUUUUACACUGUUGAAAUACAGCAGAGUUACUGGGCAUUUAACAGUGCUUUUAUUUUAAUAAUAUAGUCAGAGACACUGGGUGCCUAAUGUUGACAAUUGAACCUUCUGUAGGACUCCUGUCCUCAGUAGGUGGGCCAUGUGAUGUUUCUUGAGUCUCUGCCUGUUCCCGCACUCCUUUUCCUCUUGUUCCCAUGGUUUUCUGAAUGACUUCUCAUGUCUGCCAGCACCGUAGCCCUGGCCACCAUGUUUCUUUACAGUCUCACACGUACAGUGUCAAAGGGAAACAGGCUGGACCUGGAAAGCCUGUGUCCAUCUGGACUAGUGACACCCCCACCCCAUUCCUCCAUAUUCUGCCUUGCAGUUUAAUUGUGUUGUACUGUUACUUGGGGUUGGGGUGAACAAUGGCUCCAUGGAAUUGGAGCAUUUCUCUUCAUUACUCCUCAGUCCUCAGAGGUAGUGGGUGCACCUGCCAUUAUUUAUAUAGCUUUGUACCUCUGUCCAUUUUUUUUUACCAGUUCCAAGGUGAGCAGAGUUAUGAUGAAAUAGGCUUGAUGCCAUUUCUAAGUUCCAGUUGGGCUAGCAUUUGGAAAAACAAGGGCCAGCAGGUUUAAUCUGAAAAGUGGGUAUUAAAUUGCUCCCAGCUGCUCUUCGAGUUGCUCAAUAAAGUUUUGUAAUCUUGAAAUGCUUAUAUCUUUGUUGAGGAAAUCUCUCCCCUCCCUCACCAAAUUUCUACUGAAACGUUAAAACUUGAAUACAGUACUGGAUUUUUAAUGUUUGUUACGCAAUAUAGAAUUCUUGAUUAGGGCUAAAGAAGGUUUUUUGAUUGUUAUGGAAGAACAAUGAGUGUGAUACAAAAUCUCUUUUACACAUGAUGGCUUGAACCGUGUAAUGAAAAUCUGUAUCAAGUUGGUGGUACUUCUGUGAUGGUCAAUGUUAUUGUGACCAUUCUGUGGUGGUCAUUGAUGAAUGAAUUUGUUCUUAUUGUUAACUUCAGUAGGAAACGCCUAAUGCAGACAUCAACCAGCUGAACAGAAGUUCCACAAGGCUCUUAUCUAUGUAUCACAGAUGGGUAACUUGUGGCUUUCCAAAUGGAGUUGGACCACAAUUCUUACUGAUCUUAGUCGGCACACCCUCUGGUGAGGGAUGAUAGCAUGUGCAGUGCAGCAGCAUCUAAAGGGCCACAAUUUGCCCACCCCUCUUCCAAAUGGAGAUCCAGAUGAAACAUGGGUUUUCCGUUCACAUCAGUAGCAGUGGCAGAAGGCAAAAGGGGGUUGAUGCAAGCACUUAUUAUUAACAUUGGAAUUGCUGCUUAGGUGAAGCCCCUGUAUGUGCUCCAGAGCUGCUAGAUCAAAAUUCAGAAGGCCAUCUUCCCCCAGAAAUGUUUGAAUUAGAGUGAGCGUAAUUCAGCCAAAUGGGUCCAAGCACUUGUCAUGGCAGAGAUUUAAGUAUGUAUUUUACUCUUCCACUGUGUUCAGUGGAAAUUAGCAACUUGCUUAACUUUGGCUCAGUUUUGGGCAUACUUGGGCUUAAUGCAGGUUUAAUGUUGCUCAGUUGCUUAACCAUGGUUAAGAAAUUGGGAGUGUCCUGCAGGCUCUUGAAAAUCCCCCUCCCCUCUUUCCUUUUUGGAACAACCAUGUUUAGUGUUGCAUUUCCCUAAAACUUAAUGCUAUCCAUUGUUAGCUUUAAACAAGAAUGUGAAUCUUAAAGUUGUGGAGCUAGUUUACACCCGUUGUUUAAUGUUAACUAUACUGUUAACCUUGGCACAGAUGUUGCACAGAAUAUGGUCAAUACUGAAAUAGGAAGAGGAGGAAGCUGCCAUGGGUGAAAGAUGUCUUUCAACCACAAUUAAAAGAUUUGGAAAUUUUACAUCUGCAGUAGUCUCCACUGAAUGUAAACCGCCACUACAGUUGUGUCUAAUGCCCAGUUUUGGCCGUUCAUUUCAAAGUGCGGUUUUAUUCUUUGUUUUACAUGACAGCAGCACUUGAAAUGCCAUCUGGCUAUAAUGUCAUUUUAACUCCAUGAGUGAUACUUUGCAAUUUUCUUGAAAUAAUCAUUUCACUAAGGAAAUAUUAGGAAAUUUCCCAUCCCAUUAUGAAAAAUCUUUUCUAAUCCUUAGUAAUGAGAAGUUCAGGCUUGGCAUAUUAAAUAAUGUCUCAUGACUGACAUCUCAUUUAUCCAUGAAAUUAGAAAUGCACUUUUAUGCACAUGAUAAAAUAAUUUUAAGGAGGGGAAAAUCCUUGAGUGUUUAACUUUUAUUUUUAAGCUCUACAAAGUAGUCAGAAAGGUGCCUCCUUGUUUCCUAACACUGCCCUUUUGGAAAAGCUUGGCAUGUGUUAUUUUAAGGAAACAAUGUGAUAGUUGAGAAAUUCUCUUCUUCAGCUGCUGCAAUUGGCAAAAUCCAAUAUUUUGAUCUAUUCCUUACAUUUGUUUUCUCUCGUGUAAAUAUCAGUGGAGACUUGAAUUAUAAAAAUCCUACCAAGUGUGUGUGCUGUUUUCUGUCUUAUGAAAAUUUGGGUACAAAUUCCUCCCAAUGAGUCAUUGAUGUAUGCUGUGUUAUUUUUUGUGUUUUGUCAUUCUUGUUUCUUUUCGAAAUUUUAAAAAUGAGAUGUACUUAAUCCUAUCCCUGUGAAGAAGGUUGAGGCAGAAACGCCAUGCUGGUCUUGUUGUUGUUUUUUAACAGUGUUGAGGCCUUUUCAACGAAAUGGAUUUUGCCAUCAGUUUGGUACUACACAAUUUAUAAUUACUGUGUAAUUAUAAAACUGCAUUACAUAAAGCAUUGCUGUCUUAAGUAGCAGAGAAACAAAAGUCAAUUGUGUGGUUGCAUCUUUGAAAUUUAAGAAAAGGAUUCAGUCCACCACGCACAAGUUGGCCACCUGCCUUUCCUUACUGUGGGACCUGUGUUGUCAAAGCUGUGCUUGGCAGGAUUGGGGCUAGUGGCAGAAAUAUAUGGCUUAAUGAUGGUUUGCAUCUGAAUGUAAAUGCCUGGUUCUAGGAAAGACUGAAAAAUGCGCAGACCUAUGCCCGGAUGUAUGUAUGUGUGGAUGUGUGGAUAUUUUUUAUUUUAUUUAAAAGUUGUGUGACCAUGGGUUGAUUUUAGUAAGAAAUGCAACCCAAACUUCAGUCUGUCAGAUAACUUCCCCCUCAUAAUUUUCAGUCUCUCUUUUGCAUACAAAUACAAAUCCCUAACAUUUGGGUUUUAAGCUAAUGUGUAGAACUAAAACUAUCCUGCUAUAGAGAACACUUGGGAACCAAGGUUUGUAUUUCAAUCACAUGAUCAGCAUCUUUCUGUAACUGAAUUGUAAUUUCUUAGGGGGAAAAAUCCCUCCAACAAACCAGAGGCAAUAAAGUUCCAGCCCAAUUGUCAUGAUAAA